AUGCACGAGGUCUCUGUGAACUCCAGUUUGCCCCGACAUCUGGCCCAGAAUGGCACUCUGACUCUCGGAUUGCCACAUAAUGUAGAUGUGAAUGGUAAUCUGCAAACAGAGAAUGGGAACACACUAUUUGGGGAUAUUAGUCUGUUCAGGAUAUGGGCCAGAGAGCGGACCGCCGAGGAGCUGGAGAGUCGCACUUGUGCAGAUGGAGAUGUGGUGAGCUGGGACCUCCGGCAAUGGGGCUACAGCCACAACUGCCCUCCCGUGCUUGACAACAGCCUCCAGUGUGCCAGACCUGCCUUGUGGUUAAUAAUUCUGCGGAUCUACACAUACAGCAAGCUCAGUUUCAGCUCUGAAGUCAAUGUGGAAGUGAGUCCCGCUGCUGACGUUCAGCUGGUUCAGUCGUAUAUCACUGAACAGCUGAAGGUGACCUUCUCCUUCAACUUCCUCAACCUGACAGCUGACCUGAAUAGCCUGAGGAUACAACCCGUUGUCAGACCAGAUACGUUCUUCAGAGUUAAUAUGACCUUGAAGAUGACUGGCGCAUCUGGAAAUCCAGUGGAUAUCAUCGAGAAUUGGCUGAAGGAAGUGCUGGAGGUGAAUAACACCAUGGCUGUACUGAAUCUCAAGAUAAGAGAAAAUGACAGCAGUAAGUUGAACAGUGACACUGACACAACCAGCUGGGCUGAUCCUGAAAUGACGGCUUGCAAGCCUCUUAUGACCAUAUCAGACCUGGAUAAAGUCAAUGUAACUGCAGGUAAUUCGGCUGAUGUUGUGGACAUCAUUCAGGACCUAAUAGAUGUUGAAUUUGGUAGCACUGGUGUAGCUGAGGGGGAACUGUCCACCUCCCAGCUGAAUGUAGUGAUGGACAAGCUGGAUGCAGUGGUACAUAUCAGUAACAUUACCGAGGCUCUCGGCACUAAGAUAAUCAAUAUCAUUGCUGAUAUCCUGGCUUCCAAGAGUGACAUCACUCCAGUGGCUAACAUUGUCCUUAAUGUAACAGAAAAAAUUGGGGACAAAAUGGACUUCCAGGGGGAAUCAGAUAGUAUAACUGCCCCAUCACUGGCCUUCUCCAUGAUCAAUGUUGAUCCAGAGAAGUUCAGCGGACUCACCUUUGGCGUGUCCUCCAUUUCAUCAAACUUGGACCCGAAGAUUUUCAUCAACCAGAGCUUUGAGAGUGAACCUUUCCGUGACACAGUUGCAGCGAUUUCUCUCCCUUCUGCACUCCACAACUUCUUUCCACCUCAAGACAGAAACAGAGCAAGAGUCCAGUUCCACUUCUAUGGAGUGCAAGACCUUUUCAAGGAGCCAGACACAACCGCAGCAACACAGAGCAACUGGACUUUGAAUACCUAUGUAGUAUCUGCCAGUGUCAGUAACAGCCAUGUUAGCAACCUCCAUGAGCAGCGUGUGGUGGUCACUCUGAGCCAUCAACAUCCCAAACAGGAUGUGACCAGAGCCCCUCUUAGUGAUACGGAUAGUCAAAUUCUGACAGUCAUCUCCUAUCUUGGUUCCGGUAUAUCUUCCAUCUUCCUGGGUGUAACUCUUCUCACUUAUAUCGCCUUUGAGAAGCUGCGUCAGGACUACCCAUCCAAAAUACUCAUCAACCUGUCAGUGGCCCUGCUGGGGCUGAACAUGCUUUUCCUUCUGGACUCCUGGCUCUCGUCCUUCCCCAGCUAUGGCCUGUGCAUCUUCACCGCGGCUACACUGCACUACUUCCUCUUGGCCUCCUUCACCUGGAUGGGUCUGGAGGCUGUGCACAUGUACUUCGCUCUUGUCAAGGUGUUCAACGUCUACGUGCCCUCCUACAUUCUCAAGUUCUGUGCUGUGGGAUGGGGUAUUCCUCUGGUCAUAGUCUGUCUGGUCCUAGCCAUAGAUAAAGAUGCCUAUGGCAAUUCUCUGUCUGAAAGUCCUGCAGCUCUGCUUCAAGCCCGUGAAUCAUUCUGCUGGCUACAAAGUGACAUCUUCUUCUACGUGACGGUGGUAGCAUUCGUUCUGCUGAUCCUGCUGUGCAACAUCACUGUGUUUGUCGUGGUUCUGAUCCAGAUCAGACACAUGAGGAUGCAUAAGCCAGCAGCACACAGCCACAGUGCACUGCAUGAGUUGAAGACAGUGGCCAGUCUCACUGUCCUGUUAGGCUUGACCUGGCCGUUAGCCUUUUUUGCACUGGGGCCAGCCAGAGUGGCUCUGCUGUACCUGUUCUCCAUCCUCAACAGCUUACAAGGUUUCUUUGUUUUCGUGUUCCACUGUCUGAUGAAGGAAAACGUGAGGAAACAGUGGAGAAUCCACUUGUGCUGCGGUCGAUUUAGACUCAGUGAUUACUCAGACUGGAGUCGCUCUGUGACACUGGGUGGGCGCUGCAAACAGAACCAGUUGGUCCGCUCUUCCUCCAGCAGGUCUGUAAACACGUCCUCCAUCAGGAAGGUCUCCGACUCCUCCACCGGAUCAGGACCAAACCACCACCAGGGGGAGUGA